CGCCGGUGCCCGGCUGCACGCCCCGCAUUAUUCUACUUUUUCUCGGGUGCUCCCCUUCCCCCAUAAAUCGCUGCCCCCGAGCUCGACACCUGGCCUCUCCCACGCCGCGAUCGAUCCGCAGCAAUACGGGAAGCCAAGCUAGCGCAAGGCGGUCGCCCCCAACUAAACACCAAAACACAGGGGAUAUUUUUUUGGGUACAUCUAUCGGGUGGUUGGGUAAGUAAGGAUCUGCUGAUUUUAUAGAGCGGAGGAGAGGGGAUCGAGGAUGAAUUUCAAGAACAUGGGAUCGUCGUCGGACGGGACGGACGGGCAGCCGGCGGCGGGGCCGGAGCAGCUGCCGCUGGCGCGGCAACCGUCCGUAUACUCGCUGACGUUCGACGAGUUCCAGAGCACGCUCGGCGGCCCCGGGAAGGACUUCGGGUCAAUGAACAUGGACGAGUUCCUUAAGAACAUCUGGACCGCCGAGGAGAGCCAGGCCAUGGCCACCGCACUCGGCGGCGCCGGCGGUGCCUCUGGCGGGGGCAUCGACGGCGGCGUGGCCGGGAUGGGCCUCCAGCGGCAGGGCUCGCUGACGCUGCCCCGGACUCUCAGCCAGAAGACUGUCGACGAGGUAUGGAGGGACUUCAUCCGGGAGAGCGGCCAGGGGUCGAGCGGCAGCACGGGCCUCCACCAGCAGCGGCAGCCGACACUCGGGGAGAUGACCCUCGAGGAAUUUCUAGCGAGAGCUGGAGUUGUUAGAGAGGACGUAACUCAGCCAGGGGCGCCAAGGCCGAUUGGUAACAGCAGUAACAACAGCAGCAAUACUAACAGCAAUGUGUUUUAUGGAGAGUUGAAUUCAAACAAUUAUACUGGGCCUGCUCUCGGGUUCCCUCAGAUGGAUCGGAGCAAUGGGACUGUGGUGACAAACACAGUUCCCAACAGCUCCGGUGCCAAUUUAGCGAUGCAGGCUACUGGGACGAGGCCAUAUGCAGCUCCUCUGCCUCUGGGAAAUACUGCUGAUUUGGGGAACCCACAGGGGAUGAGAGGGGGUGGAAUCAUGGGGAUUGGAGAUCACGGUGUGAACAAUGGCAUGAUGCCCGGGGUGGUGGGCGUUGGGGGAGCUGGGGUCACAGUUGCAGCUGUGGGUUCCCCGGUGAACCAGAUGUCGACCGAUGGGCUAAGCAAGGGCAAUGGGAACAUGUCCUCCCUGUCCCCGGUUCCAUAUAUGUUCUCUGGGGGGCUUAGGGGGAGGAAAUGCGGUGGGGCAGUGGAGAAGGUAGUGGAGAGGAGGCAGAGGAGAAUGAUCAAGAAUAGAGAGUCUGCUGCGAGAUCACGCGCACGUAAGCAGGCUUACACCAUGGAGUUGGAAGCUGAAGUAGCAAAACUAAAAGAACAAAACCAGGAAUUGCAGAAGAAACAGGAAGAGAUGAUGGAGAUGCAGAAAAAUAAGGUCUUGGAGAUAAUCAAUCAGCAGCAUGUACCUAAGAAACGAUGCUUGAGAAGGACACUAACAGGUCCAUGGUAAAAUGAGGUCACAUAGACAGUCAGAAAUAAGUGAGAUAUAUCAUAUUCUAUUUUGAAGGAUAGCUGUAUAUAUAGUAAGAGAUUCCAUCAUCUGCUGUAAAUUAAGAAUCAAGAGCUCUAUUUUGUAGAUUAAGCUUCCAUCCAUGUUGGUUUGCUCCUUUCUGAUGAUUCUGUUCUUGUCCCGAGCAUGAUAUAGUUGACAGUCAUUCCAGUGUUUAGGAAUAGUUGUCUAUGUGGAUCUCUCUCACCCACUCAUCCCCGUUGCAUUAGUUCUUUGAUUCCUAUAAUGGGCACAAUCAUGUGCGCAUGUGCAUCCAAGGCAUUUACUCCGCAUCCUGCAGAUUUAUGAUUGGUUCUUUUGCUUCCUAGAGGAAAUUUUCAGACUAUAUUUAUCUCUAAUUGGUGUUUUGUUCCUUUGAGUGAUUUAUCUACGUUUGUUUAUUUGCAUCUUGACAUCCAAGCAUCUGUUUUUGUCAUCUCAAACUCCUCCUAUUUAGAGCUCCUCCUAUUGUAUCAGACUGUUAGCGUACAGGGUCGGGAUGGGGCAUGGUUCAGUGUUCAUGUACCGCAGACGGUGUGAAGAUUGUAUGUUUGUGCCAUGGAACAAUAAAUGCUUACUUUCAUUGCUUUCUA